AUGGGCUGCUAUGAGGUGGGACUUGGAGACACUUUAGGCAUCGGAACACCGAAGAACACGCAGGAUUUGUUGGAUGUGCUCCUCCGCGAAGUCCCUGCUGAUAGGCUCGCCGGCCAUUUUCAUGAUACAUAUGGCCAAGGCGUUGCGAAUGUGUACCGAGCCUACGAAAAGGGAAUUCGAACCUUUGACAGCAGUGUCGCUGGCCUAGGCGGCUGUCCCUAUGCCCCGGGCGCCCGGGGCAACGUUGCCACGGAGGAUGUGAUUUACACUCUUGAGAACUCUGGCAUCAAUACCGGGGUGGACUUGGAUAAGUUGAUCACUGUAGGGCGUUGGAUCUCGGAUCAGAUCGGUAUUCCCUACGGGAGCAGGGUUGGUGCCGCUCUCACUUCUAAGAGAGCACAAAAUCUACGCUCAUCGUCCUCAGAAAAAGAAAAAACAGAGAAUUCAACCGACAAAAGGGCUGCAAGAUCAUGGGAGGUGGUAAAGGACACCGGAGAAUACCGCGUCGCUCGCUCAGGAACCGCGUUGAAAGUCACAUUGACGCGGCCCAAGAAUGGCAACUCCAUGACUGAUGCCAUGCUCGAAGGACUCACCGACUUGUUCAGAAGCCUACAUAAAGACCCCCUGGCGUAUCACGUAAUUCUAGAAGCCGAGGGCAAGUAUUUUUGCACAGGCAUGGAUCUCAGCGGGGGAACCAAUACAACUGAUAUGUCGGGCGAGGAAAACUAUUACCAGAAGGUCGCCGCUCUGUUCGAAGCGAUCGAUCACGCACCACAGACCACCAUCGCCCUCAUUAACGGACCGUGCUUCGGAGGCGGAGUCGGAUUGACGUUCGCGUGUGAUGUGCGAUUGGUAUCUCCAAAAGCCUGCUGGACCCUCAGCGAAGUCAAGAUAGGGGUCAGCCCGGCUGUCAUCUCCAAGUUCCUGGUGCGGGAAUGGGGACCUUCGACAGCACGCGAAGGGAUGCUGUCUGGAAGAGAGAUUACACCCGAGGAACUCUGGCGCAUCGGCGCUGUCCACGCAAUUACUGCUGAGGGCGAGUCGUUAGCCUCCAAGCUCGACAAUUAUCUGGACCAGCUGGAGAAGGCUGCACCACGGUCGGCAGCCGUCAACAAAGAGCUGGCUCGGCGCGCGUGGCUCGAGCCAGGGAGCCCAGAUCAGGCCGCGCUUGUCGAAAAAGCUUUCCACACAAUGAUGGCUGAUGGCGGGGAAGGGCAGCACGGAAUCCAGCAGUUCCGAAACAAGAAUAAGAGUUUUAGUUGGCGGGAGUUCUGGAAUGGGCGGAAUCCGUUCGAGAACCCAAUCUACAAGAAACCCGCGGAGUGA